AAAUGCAGAAAGUGAGAAAAAAAAAUAAUGCUAGUCAAGAAAGAAAGAGAGAGAGGAGAUGGGGAGACAGUGAGAGAGUCAGUAGAGUUUGUCAUCUCUCUUCCCACAUCCUUGUCCACCGAAUAGCCUCCUGAGAAUCAGAAAAACCCACCAUUCUCUUUAGUGUUUUCUGCUUCUUUAUUCCGUUCCACACCUAAAACAGGAAAAAGUUUAAAGCUUGCACACGCCAAAUGCAUUUUUUUUCUUCAUUAAGGGAGGAAACUUUUGAAUUUACAUUACGUCUGUUUACACCGGAGUAGAUCUCUCAAUGCUUCAGGAUGGGCAUUAGUUCUGAAUCUGAUGCUGCGGAAUGAUAGGGUUGUAAGCUUAUCUUAUUUCGGGUUGUUGAUGCUGGCCGAGGUGGUGAAUGUUCUCACCGAUUAGCUGGUAAAGAUUCGGAGGUUUAGUUUUUCCUUUACGCUCUUGAGAGAUGGAGCUCUUUGAUUUUCUAAUUUGAAGCAUCCUCCAUUGAUGAGUCGUUGCACAUUGAUCUGUUGCAACUAGCAAGUGAUGGAUUCUUUCUGUGGAAAUCGUGAAAUAAUGGAGGUGAAGGAUGAAGGGAGUGCAACUCGGAAACCUCAAGCAUUUUGUCAAUCAAACAGAGAUCAGAAGCCUCCCAUCAUUAGAAAAGGACCGAACAAGAUGUUGGAAGAUGAUAUCAAUAAGCUUUUUGAAGCAGUCAAUCUCAGAUCAUCAAAGAGUCUUGAUCUUUCAGAUGUGAGGAGAAAUGCCUCGAAGAAGCCGAUGAGGGGUGGUGGUUGUCAUUCUCCUGGAAUCGGAUUCUCUGGGCCCGUCUCUUUGAAACAAGCUCUUAGGGGAUUAUGCAUUUCUCAGGCAGCAGAGGUGGCUGCCAUGAAACGGUUGUCGCUGCCAGCAUCUCCUAGGGUCUCGGAAGCUGGGAAAAUUGCGAAUAUGUACAGGUCUGUUGGUAUUGAAACCGGUGAAUCUAGCUGCUCUUCUGUUGAAAGUGAGGCGCGAAGAAUAGAAAUAACUCUGACUCCAGAGCAGAGUGCUCCGUGUUCUCCUGAAACCUUGCUACCGUCGCCAAAAGAUUCUGUGUUAACAUCAACAUCCCGUGGUCCUAAUUUGCCUCCCUGUUUUGAUGUUAAAGCAACUGGAAAGGCCAAACAACAUAAGUCACAGGACUCUGGCCAUCCACUGGAUGAAUGUGAUGAUGUAGGAAAGUCUCGUGUUGAAGAAUAUACUGGCGUAUGUUCUGCCAGUACGCUGCCUCGGAAGGUUCAAGAUAAUGUGGCUCUGAAUCAGAGUGCUCGUGCUUCUCCUGUUCGACCUGCUGCUGUAGUUUUGGUGAGUGCAGAGUCUAACAUCGCGCAUAAUAAAGUAAUACCCGUUUCAGAAGUUGAUAUCCAGAAAUCAGGAGUAGGCCAACUGGGAGAAGACUGCUGUUCAGUUUCUGUUCUGCCCCAUGGUGAUGCUCAUGAUAAUCAUCUAAAGCAAGACCUGAAAAUUUCUGUCUCGAGCAAAGCUGCGAAUGUCCUUUGCAAGGAAGUUCCCGCUUCCUUGAAAGUAGUUGAAAAAGCAGUACCAAAGGUGAGACGGAAGUCUAGGCUACAGUCUUCAUCCAGUGCGGUCAAAGGAAAGAAAGAUGUGAAUUCCAUGAGAAGCACGUCUCGUACAGUGAAGCCAGUUGGCAGAAACAAGAACCUCAUCAUAAAGAAAUCAAAGAAGGUAGUGAUAUAUACUGAUGGAAGUUUGAAAGGAUCUAGUGAAGUAGAAGCUGCUCAGGAUCGUAGUUCGGAGCAAGAAAUCUGCCAGAGGUGUCAGUGUUCUUUGAGGCAUACGAGUAAGGAUCCCUUGGGUAGUGGUGUUCAGCCUUCUACAGCUAGCAGAGAUCUUGAUGCGGACAAACUAGUUUCAAUUCCAACUGGUUGGGUGAAUAAAGAUACAUCUGUUGUUAAAAGUAUCAUGGUUGCCAAACAAGGUGAAAAACAGGAUCUCUCUCGGAGCUCGAAGAGCAGUAAUUAUGAUUUCAGUAGUACCACCACAAGCCUUAGUGAGGAGAGCAAUCCAAGUGGGUCAACUUGCAAUAAUAAGCCACACAUGUCGAAGGAUAUUAGGUGGGAAUCAAUCAACCAUGUAAGAAAGAAGUAUGGUUUUCUAGGACUGAAUCACUUCACCCUACUGAAAAAACUUGGUUCUGGAGAUAUUGGUUCGGUGUAUCUUGCGGAAUUGAUAAGAACAGACUGCCUUUUUGCGAUAAAGGUAAUUGAUAACGAGUUCUUAGCAAAAAGGAAAAAGAUGCCUCGAGCUCAAACUGAAAGAGAAAUUCUCAGAAUGCUGGAUCAUCCGUUUCUUCCGACACUUUACGCGCAGUUUACAUCGGAUAAUUUAUCAUGUUUAGUCAUGGAGUUUUGUCCUGGUGGAGAUCUACAUGUCCUCAGGCAGAAGCAACCUGGACGAUAUUUUCCUGAACAGGCCGCGAGAUUCUAUGUUGCUGAGGUCCUCCUUGCACUCGAGUAUUUGCACAUGCUCGGCAUCGUGUACAGAGAUCUAAAACCAGAGAACAUCCUGGUCCGCGAGGAUGGUCACAUCAUGCUAACGGAUUUCGACCUGUCCCUGAGAUGCUCCGUAAACCCCACUCUCGUAAAAUCAUCUUCGUUAGUACUGGAGCCUCCUAGGAUCUCUGGUCCUUGUGCAGGAUCCAACUGCAUUGAUCCAUUCUGCGCGGGGCCUUCAUGUCAAGUGUCGUGCUUUAGCCCCAGGCUAAACGCUGCUGCUAGAGCAAGGAAGCUAAAAGCUGAUGCUGCAUACCAAGCUAGAUUGCUACCCCAGCUCGUAGCUGAGCCAACAGAGGCGCGAUCCAACUCCUUUGUUGGCACACACGAGUACUUGGCACCCGAGAUCAUCAAGGGAGAGGGGCAUGGCAGUGCUGUAGACUGGUGGACAUUCGGUGUCUUCCUGUACGAGCUUCUGUAUGGGAAGACGCCGUUCAAGGGCACUGGGAAUGACGAGACGUUAUCCAACGUGGUAAUGCAUAACCUCAGAUUUCCCGAUUCCCCCAUUGUUAGUUUUCAGGCGAGGGAUCUGAUCAGAAGGCUGCUGGUGAAGGAGCCCGAGAAUCGGCUUGGUACGGAGACUGGAGCUGCCGAGAUCAAACGCCACCCGUUCUUCGAUGGCCUGAACUGGGCUCUGAUACGCUGUGCCACCCCUCCUCAAAUACCGGAGUUCUUUGAAGAUGGGAAUCCGCAACCAGCGCCUACGCAGCACGCCGGAGACCAUCUGGAGUUCGACUUGUUCUGAAACAAAGGGUGGUUUAACCCUGCAUUAGUUGUCUUGUAAGAUAUACACCACAAAAUACUGUCUAAGAAAGUUGGUGAGGGAGAUUCCACUGUGUGAGAUUGGCUUAUAGAUCUAAACGAGAUGAGUCGAGAUCAUUUUGAGGUUGAAUGCUAUUAAGAUUAUAAAUAUUCCAUCUUUCAAAAACAAA